GAACUUCUUUGCAUUUUCAUUUGAAAAUUUCUUAACAUUUUAAUUAUUUGAAUAUUUGAUUAAAUCAUUCUAUAGGUUUUGAAUGCUUAUUUUCUAAGCAUAAGCUUACUGAAAAAGAUGAAAAUGAAUUUACCGAAUUAAUUAAAUUUUAUUCUCCCGUAGUGUCUAAUGAUUCUUUGGUUGAAUAAAAAAAACUGUGGUGUACCAAGGUACAAUGAUCUAGAAAAAUACCUAAUAUUGGUCUUGAGGCUCUAAAUAUUUGUAAUAAAGAUAUCUACCCCAAUAUUUAUUUUCUCUUUAAAGUGUUAUACACUUUACCAGUGUCAACAUCAUUGCUCGAACGUAUGUUUUCAACUCUGAAAAGAGUGAAAACGUAUUUAAGAAACACAAUGUCUGAGAAUCGAUUAAACGGUCUUGAUAUUUUGGCUGUUCAUAAAAAUAUUAAAGUUGAUGCUGAAAAAGUGCUUAAUGAAUUAGCAUUAAAACCACAUAGAUUAGAUUUUUAUUGUGAUUAAAUUUGUGAUGUAACUCGUAACCGUAUCUAGUUAGUAAGUAUCAAAUAUCAAUAUUGCUAACGUUUAAAUGUAAAUGUGAGUAUCUAAAUAUUAUAUUAUUAUUUAUUUUAAUGUAUACAGAUUACAAUGGUUGUAUACUAAUAUUGAGAGGUGUUUAAAUAAUUAAAAAAAAAAAAUGCAGAGGGGGGUAAUAAGUGAAAUGUAGAAAUGUGCAAAUAUUUCAUCCCCCCCCCCC